UGGUUCUGUGCAAGAAAGGCCCCUGUUUGUUAUCCGGCCCCCAGUCUGCCAAGCCCUAAGACUUUCUAUUCCGGUACGACGGGUGGAUAAUUUGGAGAGGACCGUUACCAUUCUACCAGAGUAUCUCCGUUGCAGCGGGGUGAUUUCGUGAGAUUGCGUUGAGCAGGAUUUAUUGGUUCUUAAUGCAUCCCGGGGAACUAGUGGCUUCGCUUGCUACGAUGGAAUAUUACCACUAUGCAGGAAUGCAUCUGCUCGGAAAAGAAUAUAUAACGCAAGGUCUGGUCGUGUGCUCACAUCAUGGGCGCGUAUUAGUAGUACUGCUGUGAGCGUUCCGUCCCUACGUUUUCUCGUGUGGUAAUACCUAGAGCCGCACCAAGGUGUUUCGUUCAGUACCUCUCUUCUUUACCUCCAACCCCAACAAUCGCUCAUUCGCCAUCGUUUGAGACAUCCACAGCCAGCAAACAUAUUCCUUCAACAUUCUACCUAAACCAAUAUCAAAUUUACAGCCGACAAGAUGAAGACCACCUUUCUUGCCCUGCUCUGUAUCGCGGCAUCGGCGACGACGGCCUUUGUGAUUCCAUCACCAAGACAGAGCCCGCUUGUCCAGGACAACAACGUGGCGAUCACCGAGCCUUCUGCGCAGGAGAUACCUGAGACGGAGAUCGUGGUAGAUGACUUCCAUGACAACCAACAGGACGUUGAACCCAUGGUGGAAUCAUGUUUUUGUGCUGGUGGGUCGAUCUGCUGUAACCUCACGGGGGGCGAGACGGACUGUGGGUUCGGGACGUGCGGCAUCUGAGC